UUUUUGUUUAUAAAUUUGACAGACGCAUUUCCACAUCCUCGACUUGUGUUUGCGCUUUUUAUGCGAUAAAUUUUAAUAGAAGACCUGUUGCAGUUUGAACAGUACAAUUCUAAACAUAUAUUUAACUACCCCCUAAUCUUGUUAAUUUUCCCUUUGAGAUUCUGAAUAUGACUCUGGGAACAUAUAACAGGCAUCAGGCUGAGAGGAAAAAGCAAGCAGCUCUGGCUGCUGCUUUUCCUCAAGGCAUAAGAUGCCAGAAGUGCUUGGAGUUUGGACACUGGAGCUAUGAGUGCAAGGGCAAACGCAAGAUCCUAGUUCGUCCUUCACGUACACGAAUCAUGCAUAAGAAUCUGAAAGCCAAAGAAGAAGGUCAAUGCAGCAAUGGCAGCUGCAAGAUACCCAACAAGAAAAAGCGUGAAGAGGACUGCAAAGACUGCUCAGACAAGAGCUCAUCGGAGAGCUCUUCUGAUUCGUCAUCGGAGGGUUCGAGCUCGUCUGGUAGUGACAGCAGCAGUGAAUCGGAGAGCGAGUCUGAUUCAGAGAGCAGCAGUGGUUCUGAAUCUGGCAGCGAUUAAGACAAGAAAAUGUAAGCGUUGAUAUUCUUUUCAAUGCUAGAGGGAAGAUGCUUAUUCUCAGAUGAGUUUUGAACUUGAUGCUAGUCUAUUAUUGUCUUGUAUAAUUCUUAUUUUCAACAAACUUAUACUUCCAAAUUUUUAUUUUCUUAUUUCCUAACUAAUUUUAUUUAUCCUUUCUUCAAAUUCCUUCAUUGAAUAGUUUUUGAGUCGAAAUACGUCACUCUCUAGUAUUAAAAGAAUUUUCUUAAAUAUAAGUUCAUGUAAUAAAUUGAAAAUAAAUUUGCAAAAGCGGGUUAUAAUUAAUUUGAUGCUGGACAUUGUUUUCUUUUAAUUUAUUAUUUAAAUAUCUCGCUGUUUCGUUUGUAUUUACCAGUACCAUUUGAUAGAAAAUGGGCAGACAGCUUUUUACGUCUAAAAAUAUUUUGAACACAAAAAAUAUAAAUGGUAUGUAGUUUUUAAGAUUUUAACAUUAUUGUUGUAUGUGUGUGUCGAUAAUCGUAAUUUUAGUGUUGUAUCUUGUAUGUUGUGAAAGUAUUCAUUUUACAGGCCAAGAGCCAAUAAAGAAUUUUGUCAAGGACUUAAACAAGAUCUUACUUUCAUACACUUAUUGAGGCUUUUAGUUAGCACUUAAGUUUAGAUUCAUUGAAUUAUUGAGUGUGAGAUUUUAAUAAUUUUAAGUAGAAUUUAAAUUAGAAUAAAUUUGUUUACAUCCGCAAACUGCAGUUUGAUUUUGUAAAAUAUUAGGAAUGGUUUAUUAUUCUGUAGAUUUCAACUCAAUAUUAGAUUCUUGCAUUGUCAUAGACAUAGUAUAUUGUUAAAAAUAUUUGUGUAUCAUUAGCAAUCUUAU